GCUCUUUACCCACUGCCAAUUUCCAGGCUGACAUUAAAACCCCACACCCACCCUUCCAUAGUUCCAUUAUUUCAGUUCUACUCUUUUACCUCCGACCACCUCCCGCCGGUAGAAAUGGAGCCCAAAACCUGCCCUGCCGCCACCGCGAAGGAUACCCAAAAGUUCACCUGGAAGAUCUCCAAUUUCUCCACGGUGAAAGAGACAAAGCUCUAUUCUGAUACUUUCUCAGCUGGGGGCCACAAAUGGAGAGUUCUUGCUUAUCCAAAAGGGAAUGCGGUUAACCACUUCUUCUCUCUGUUCGUGGAAGUGGCUGAGACUGAAGCCAUGGCUGACGGCUGGAGUGUGCCCGCCGGGAUCAGCUUGACUCUGGUGGACCAAGUCCAUGGCCGUUCCUCUGUAAAAAGUACUCGUCUUUCUUUCUCUCUUUCUGCUCUUCUGGGAGGGCUUCAGUUGUUCAAGAUUUCUUUGUUUUGUUUCUCUUCCUGCACAGGUUUCAAACACAGUUUCAAGGAAGUAGAGAAAGUGUUGGGUUUCAAAUCUUUCAUCCGAAACGGCGACCUUGUCGAUCUUCGAAAAGGGUUCCUCGUCAACGAUACUCUUCUUAUUGAAGCUCAAAUUUACACUGAAGCAGCACCAACGGAACAAGCCGUUCCUAGACCCGCUGAAGAGUCUAAUCAACCUCAUGGAGCAGCUGCAGGAGAACCAAAGACUCCAACUGUUCACAUAGAUUCAGGAAGCGAAACAGAGAUUCAAGCUGAUGGGCCUCAAGCCUUGCUGUUUUCCAGUAAGAUUGCUCGAACUAGUACAACGACGAGUCCCCGGUCUUCUGCUUCACCAAGUGUCCAAUCUUUGAAGAACCUGAUAUCAGAGCUUUCAACCAUGUCCAGCAGAUGGAGAUCAAGUUCUACCCCCGACUGCCUCGAGAAACAAAGUGAAGAGCUGGUGGAUCUCUUCGAGAUGUCGCUCGAGAAAAUAUCCAGAGCUGAUUUGUUCGAUGAAGUGGAGAAGAUCAUCGUCAAGGUUGCUGACAACGUGACUGACACUCUCAAGGUCAUGGUGCUGAAAGAUUUGGUGUCUCGUCUGGCAGAGUUCAAGGAGACAAUCCCCAAGGCUCUUUCCACUAUCGAGUCCGCAGCAUCUGUAGAGACCCGUAUUGUGGCUGCGUCCAAGAAUCUGGAGGCAAGGCUAGGUCACAGGGAGGAUCAGCUGAGCUCGUUGAAGACGGAAGCUUCGAGGCUGGAGGAGGUGGAGAUGAAGCUGGAGGCGGAUAUUCAGCAGAUGGUUGCUCUCAGGGACAAGACUCGUCAUCAGAAGAAUUCAACGAUAGCUGAGUUGGAGAAGGCCAGCCAGGAGGUUCUUGUGGAGCUGGACGAACUGAGGAGGAAUGACGAAGAACGCCAGCGAAUUGGGGAGAGCCGGUUGAAGGCUAAGGAGACAUUGGCUCAAUCCAACACAAGCUGGAAACUUUUCAAGGAGAACUUGGGGUUGUGAGAAGGGAUGAUUUGGAAUGAAAAUAGAGGAAGUAGGGAGGUAGAUGAUGACAAAAAAAAAAGUAGAUUUGCUUAUGCUAAUGAAACAUGUAACGGGAUCGUAGGUUAUUGACAUCUAAUGGGUAUGAAAUGAAGUAUGAACUGAACUUGGGAUACAAGGUUUUAUAUUCCCGGUGGCGAGGCUUUCUUAGGUAAUCAGUUCACGGAGCGAAAGCGUCUAUCUUAGAAGAAUUUAAUAUUGAAGAUAGAAGAAUUUAAUAUU